AGAUUCUUUAUCACAAAGUGAAUCUCAGUGAACGUCCAUCUGCAUCACGUGAUCUCGCUCAGUUCAUAUGUAAGAUGAAUCAUCUGAAGAACCUCGCACUCUUCCGUCAGUAUCAUGAUGACUUCUACUCAACAUCAUCAUCGAUGGCAUCAUCUGCAAAGAUUGAGAUUCUUCAUCUCAGAGAGAAUCUCAGUGAACGUCCGUCUGCAUCACGUGAUUUCGCUCAAUUCAUCUGUAAGAUGAAUCAUCUGAAGAAUCUCAAACUCUAUCGUCAGUAUCAUGAUGACUUCUACUCAACAUCAUCGUCGAUGGCAUCAACUACAAAGAUUGAGAUUCUUGAUCUCAGAGAGAAUCUCAGUGAACGUCCGUCUGCAUCACGUGAUCUCGCUCAGUUCAUCUGUAAGAUGAAUCAUCUGAAGAACCUCACACUCUACGGUCAGUAUCAUGAUGACUUCUACUCAACAUCAUCAUCGAUGGCAUCAACUGCAAAGAUUGAAAUUCUUCAUCACAAUGAGAAUCUCAGUAAACGUCCGUCUGCAUCACGUGAUCUCGCUCAGUUCAUCUGUAAGAUGAAUCACCUGAAGAACCUCAAACUCUGCGGUCAGUAUCAUGGUGACUUCUACUCAACAGCAUUGUCGAUGGCAUCAACUAUAAAGGAUGACUGCAACACGAGCUCAACUGUGACUGAUCUGACCGUUACUGAUGAGGCACUGAGAGGUUGGCAGGAUUGUGGUUCGUUGUUUGACAAUGUGAAGAGGAUCACCAUACAGGUAUGGGACACGAUCAGAUGUGACGUCAUCCAGAGGAUCCAUCUACCAGCAGCGACUGAGCUCACCAUUCAACCAGAGUAUGCUAUGCAACCGGCUUCUCUCCACGAUGAUCCCACUUCACUACCCAAUGCCCUUCACAAAGUCUCAUCUCAGCUUGUCAAGGUCACAUUCACAGAUCUCAACAUCGGUAAUCUUGGUAAUAGUGAGGUUAGAGACAUCAUUCAAGCUUUCAGAUCAUCGGACGACCUCAAACUUCUGAAGAUCGUAAGAUUCAUACGAUGUGGGACUGAUGAGAGAUUAGAUCGUUUUCGUAUUGAUUCCGAUGAUGAUCAUAAGGUAGAGGUAGAGACAGAACAUGGCAAACCAUAUGGGUAA